UGAUUGAGUAGUGGAUGAAGGGAUGGUUUUGAACCAAAUUGUUGCUUUCAAUUCAAGUUUAUGUCUUUGUAGACUUUCAGACUGCAGUAUCACUGAAGAAGGUUAUAAAGCUCUGUCUUCAGCUCUGAGAUCAAACCCUUCACACCUGAUAGAGCUGGAUCUCACAGGAAAUGAUCCUGGAGAAUCAGGAGUGAAGCAGCUCAGUGAUUUACUACAGGAUCCAAACUGUCAACUCAAGACACUGAGUCUGUGUAGAUGCAGUAUUACAGAGAAACAGUGUCUCAUCCUGACUUCAGCUCUGAAAUCAAACCCAUCACACCUGAGAGAACUGAACCUGAGCAGGAAUCAAAUAAAAAACACAGGACUGAAUCACUUAUGUGACGUACUGAAGGAUUCACGCUGUAAACUGGAGAGAUUGAGUCUUUAUUUCUGUGGCAUUACAGAUGUUUCUUCUUUAACUCAGUCUUUGACAAACACAAAAGCUCUGCAGUUUCUAAAAGAGAUUCAUCUGAGAGAUAAUAAGAUUGGAGACUCAAAGCAGAAGCUCAUUGAUGUGCUACGAGACUCAAACUGUAAACUGAUGUGAGUAAACUUCACUUUGUGAUAUUAAAGAGAUU